UUGAUGCAAGCGAAAGAUGCUGCGGGAUUGGACAAAGCCAUAUCGGAAUGUGAAUCGGCAGAAUAUCCGGAACUUGGACCUCACUUGCGCAAAGCCCGGGAUGUACUUGAAACACUGGGUGGUGGGCGUGGAGAUGUGAAAUCAGCGACUUCACUCAGAGACCGGUUAACAGAAUUGAUGCAAGCGAAAGAUGCUGCGGGAUUGGACAAAGCCAUAUCGGAAUGUGAAUCGGCAGAAUAUCCGGAACUUGGACCUCACUUGCGCAAAGCCCGGGAUGUACUUGAAACACUGGGUGGUGGGCGUGGAGGGACGAAGACGCCCGAAUCACUUCGCCGAAAACUAAAGUCUGCUAUGAAGCAGGGAGAUAAAGAUACACUGGACAAAGUAAUUCACGAAUGCAUCGCUGCUGGAAUGCCAGAAUUAGACGUAGACAUAAGCGUCGCUCGAGACGUAUUGAAAGACGUUAAAAUUUCACCUCCAACAGACAUGAAAACCGUGGAAAGUUUACGAGAUCAGCUAGAAAAAGCAACGAAACUGAAAGACAAAGUAGCUCUCAGGCAAAUCAUUGAAGACUGUGAAGCCGUUGCAUAUCCUGAAUUGAGUUUUGAUCUGUCAAAAGCGAGAGACACACUUGAAAGCUUAGGAGGUGGUCGCGGAGGACAUAAAUCCGUUGAUAGCCUACGUGAUAAGCUGAAGGAAGCUGUUGAAGCGAAAGACAAAGGCUAUUUACAAAAGAUUGUACAAGAAAGCGUGUCUGCCGGAAUGCCAGAGCUGGAUGACGAUAUCUUGAAAGCUCGAAGUGCGUUAGACAUACUUGAAGGCGGAUCUGGAGAUGUGAAAUCAGCGACUUCACUCAGAGACCGGUUAACAGAAUUGAUGCAAGCGAAAGAUGCUGCGGGAUUGGACAAAGCCAUAUCGGAAUGUGAAUCGGCAGAAUAUCCGGAACUUGGACCUCACUUGCGCAAAGCCCGGGAUGUACUUGAAACACUGGGUGGUGGGCGUGGAGACAUGAAAACCGUGGAAAGUUUACGAGAUCAGCUAGAAAAAGCAACGAAACUGAAAGACAAAGUAGCUCUCAGGCAAAUCAUUGAAGACUGUGAAGCCGUUGCAUAUCCUGAAUUGAGUUUUGAUCUGUCAAAAGCGAGAGACACACUUGAAAGCUUAGGAGGUGGUCGCGGAGGACAUAAAUCCGUUGAUAGCCUACGUGAUAAGCUGAAGGAAGCUGUUGAAGCGAAAGACAAAGGCUAUUUACAAAAGAUUGUACAAGAAAGCGUGUCUGCCGGAAUGCCAGAGCUGGAUGACGAUAUCUUGAAAGCUCGAAGUGCGUUAGACAUACUUGAAGGCGGAUCUGGAGAUGUGAAAUCAGCGACUUCACUCAGAGACCGGUUAACAGAAUUGAUGCAAGCGAAAGAUGCUGCGGGAUUGGACAAAGCCAUAUCGGAAUGUGAAUCGGCAGAAUAUCCGGAACUUGGACCUCACUUGCGCAAAGCCCGGGAUGUACUUGAAACACUGGGUGGUGGGCGUGGAGGGACGAAGACGCCCGAAUCACUUCGCCGAAAACUAAAGUCUGCUAUGAAGCAGGGAGAUAAAGAUACACUGGACAAAGUAAUUCACGAAUGCAUCGCUGCUGGAAUGCCAGAAUUAGACGUAGACAUAAGCGUCGCUCGAGACGUAUUGAAAGACGUUAAAAUUUCACCUCCAACAGACAUGAAAACCGUGGAAAGUUUACGAGAUCAGCUAGAAAAAGCAACGAAACUGAAAGACAAAGUAGCUCUCAGGCAAAUCAUUGAAGACUGUGAAGCCGUUGCAUAUCCUGAAUUGAGUUUUGAUCUGUCAAAAGCGAGAGACACACUUGAAAGCUUAGGAGGUGGUCGCGGAGGACAUAAAUCCGUUGAUAGCCUACGUGAUAAGCUGAAGGAAGCUGUUGAAGCGAAAGACAAAGGCUAUUUACAAAAGAUUGUACAAGAAAGCGUGUCUGCCGGAAUGCCAGAGCUGGAUGACGAUAUCUUGAAAGCUCGAAGUGCGUUAGACAUACUUGAAGGCGGAUCUGGAGAUGUGAAAUCAGCGACUUCACUCAGAGACCGGUUAACAGAAUUGAUGCAAGCGAAAGAUGCUGCGGGAUUGGACAAAGCCAUAUCGGAAUGUGAAUCGGCAGAAUAUCCGGAACUUGGACCUCACUUGCGCAAAGCCCGGGAUGUACUUGAAACACUGGGUGGUGGGCGUGGAGACAUGAAAACCGUGGAAAGUUUACGAGAUCAGCUAGAAAAAGCAACGAAACUGAAAGACAAAGUAGCUCUCAGGCAAAUCAUUGAAGACUGUGAAGCCGUUGCAUAUCCUGAAUUGAGUUUUGAUCUGUCAAAAGCGAGAGACACACUUGAAAGCUUAGGAGGUGGUCGCGGAGGGACGAAGACGCCCGAAUCACUUCGCCGAAAACUAAAGUCUGCUAUGAAGCAGGGAGAUAAAGAUACACUGGACAAAGUAAUUCACGAAUGCAUCGCUGCUGGAAUGCCAGAAUUAGACGUAGACAUAAGCGUCGCUCGAGACGUAUUGAAAGACGUUAAAAUUUCACCUCCAACAGACAUGAAAACCGUGGAAAGUUUACGAGAUCAGCUAGAAAAAGCAACGAAACUGAAAGACAAAGUAGCUCUCAGGCAAAUCAUUGAAGACUGUGAAGCCGUUGCAUAUCCUGAAUUGAGUUUUGAUCUGUCAAAAGCGAGAGACACACUUGAAAGCUUAGGAGGUGGUCGCGGAGGACAUAAAUCCGUUGAUAGCCUACGUGAUAAGCUGAAGGAAGCUGUUGAAGCGAAAGACAAAGGCUAUUUACAAAAGAUUGUACAAGAAAGCGUGUCUGCCGGAAUGCCAGAGCUGGAUGACGAUAUCUUGAAAGCUCGAAGUGCGUUAGACAUACUUGAAGGCGGAUCUGGAGAUGUGAAAUCAGCGACUUCACUCAGAGACCGGUUAACAGAAUUGAUGCAAGCGAAAGAUGCUGCGGGAUUGGACAAAGCCAUAUCGGAAUGUGAAUCGGCAGAAUAUCCGGAACUUGGACCUCACUUGCGCAAAGCCCGGGAUGUACUUGAAACACUGGGUGGUGGGCGUGGAGGGACGAAGACGCCCGAAUCACUUCGCCGAAAACUAAAGUCUGCUAUGAAGCAGGGAGAUAAAGAUACACUGGACAAAGUAAUUCACGAAUGCAUCGCUGCUGGAAUGCCAGAAUUAGACGUAGACAUAAGCGUCGCUCGAGACGUAUUGAAAGACGUUAAAAUUUCACCUCCAACAGACAUGAAAACCGUGGAAAGUUUACGAGAUCAGCUAGAAAAAGCAACGAAACUGAAAGACAAAGUAGCUCUCAGGCAAAUCAUUGAAGACUGUGAAGCCGUUGCAUAUCCUGAAUUGAGUUUUGAUCUGUCAAAAGCGAGAGACACACUUGAAAGCUUAGGAGGUGGUCGCGGAGGACAUAAAUCCGUUGAUAGCCUACGUGAUAAGCUGAAGGAAGCUGUUGAAGCGAAAGACAAAGGCUAUUUACAAAAGAUUGUACAAGAAAGCGUGUCUGCCGGAAUGCCAGAGCUGGAUGACGAUAUCUUGAAAGCUCGAAGUGCGUUAGACAUACUUGAAGGCGGAUCUGGAGAUGUGAAAUCAGCGACUUCACUCAGAGACCGGUUAACAGAAUUGAUGCAAGCGAAAGAUGCUGCGGGAUUGGACAAAGCCAUAUCGGAAUGUGAAUCGGCAGAAUAUCCGGAACUUGGACCUCACUUGCGCAAAGCCCGGGAUGUACUUGAAACACUGGGUGGUGGGCGUGGAGGGACGAAGACGCCCGAAUCACUUCGCCGAAAACUAAAGUCUGCUAUGAAGCAGGGAGAUAAAGAUACACUGGACAAAGUAAUUCACGAAUGCAUCGCUGCUGGAAUGCCAGAAUUAGACGUAGACAUAAGCGUCGCUCGAGACGUAUUGAAAGACGUUAAAAUUUCACCUCCAACAGACAUGAAAACCGUGGAAAGUUUACGAGAUCAGCUAGAAAAAGCAACGAAACUGAAAGACAAAGUAGCUCUCAGGCAAAUCAUUGAAGACUGUGAAGCCGUUGCAUAUCCUGAAUUGAGUUUUGAUCUGUCAAAAGCGAGAGACACACUUGAAAGCUUAGGAGGUGGUCGCGGAGGACAUAAAUCCGUUGAUAGCCUACGUGAUAAGCUGAAGGAAGCUGUUGAAGCGAAAGACAAAGGCUAUUUACAAAAGAUUGUACAAGAAAGCGUGUCUGCCGGAAUGCCAGAGCUGGAUGACGAUAUCUUGAAAGCUCGAAGUGCGUUAGACAUACUUGAAGGCGGAUCUGGAGAUGUGAAAUCAGCGACUUCACUCAGAGACCGGUUAACAGAAUUGAUGCAAGCGAAAGAUGCUGCGGGAUUGGACAAAGCCAUAUCGGAAUGUGAAUCGGCAGAAUAUCCGGAACUUGGACCUCACUUGCGCAAAGCCCGGGAUGUACUUGAAACACUGGGUGGUGGGCGUGGAGGGACGAAGACGCCCGAAUCACUUCGCCGAAAACUAAAGUCUGCUAUGAAGCAGGGAGAUAAAGAUACACUGGACAAAGUAAUUCACGAAUGCAUCGCUGCUGGAAUGCCAGAAUUAGACGUAGACAUAAGCGUCGCUCGAGACGUAUUGAAAGACGUUAAAAUUUCACCUCCAACAGACAUGAAAACCGUGGAAAGUUUACGAGAUCAGCUAGAAAAAGCAACGAAACUGAAAGAUAAAGUAGCUCUCAGGCAAAUCAUUGAAGACUGUGAAGCCGUUGCAUAUCCUGAAUUGAGUUUUGAUCUGUCAAAAGCGAGAGACACACUUGAAAGCUUAGGAGGUGGUCGCGGAGGACAUAAAUCCGUUGAUAGCCUACGUGAUAAGCUGAAGGAAGCUGUUGAAGCGAAAGACAAAGGCUAUUUACAAAAGAUUGUACAAGAAAGCGUGUCUGCCGGAAUGCCAGAGCUGGAUGACGAUAUCUUGAAAGCUCGAAGUGCGUUAGACAUACUUGAAGGCGGAUCUGGAGAUGUGAAAUCAGCGACUUCACUCAGAGACCGGUUAACAGAAUUGAUGCAAGCGAAAGAUGCUGCGGGAUUGGACAAAGCCAUAUCGGAAUGUGAAUCGGCAGAAUAUCCGGAACUUGGACCUCACUUGCGCAAAGCCCGGGAUGUACUUGAAACACUGGGUGGUGGGCGUGGAGGGACGAAGACGCCCGAAUCACUUCGCCGAAAACUAAAGUCUGCUAUGAAGCAGGGAGAUAAAGAUACACUGGACAAAGUAAUUCACGAAUGCAUCGCUGCUGGAAUGCCAGAAUUAGACGUAGACAUAAGCGUCGCUCGAGACGUAUUGAAAGACGUUAAAAUUUCACCUCCAACAGACAUGAAAACCGUGGAAAGUUUACGAGAUGAGCUAGAAAAAUCAGCGAAACUGAAAGACCAAGUAGCUCUCAGUCAAAUCAUUGAAGACUGUGAAGCCGUUACAUAUCCUGAAUUGAGUUGUAAUCUGUCAAAUGCGAAAGACACACUUGAAAGCUUAGGAGGUGGUCUCGGAGGACAUAAAUCCGUUCAUAGCCUACGUGGUAAGCUGAAGGAAGCUGUUGAAGCGAAAGACAAAGGCUAUUUACAAAAGAUUGUACAAGAAAGCGUGUCUGCCGGAAUGCCAGAGCUGGAUGACGAUAUCUUGAAAGCUCGAAGUGCGUUAGACAUACUUGAAGGCGGAUCUGGAGAUGUGAAAUCAGCGACUUCACUCAGAGACCGGUUAACAGAAUUGAUGCAAGCGAAAGAUGCUGCGGGAUUGGACAAAGCCAUAUCGGAAUGUGAAUCGGCAGAAUAUCCGGAACUUGGACAUCACUUGCGCAAAGCCCGGGAUGUACUUGAAACACUGGGUGGUGGGCGUGGAGAAUUGCAAACAUCAGAAUCACUACGUGAACAAAUGGAGAUGGCAAUCAAAACCAAAGACAAAUCUGCUUUAGACGAAUUGAUUAAAAAAUGCGAAGAAUUUUCUUACCCAGAAUUAGGCCCAGAAUUAUGCAAAGCUCGGAAAAGCUUACACAAAUUAACAGGCAGUUUUGGAGGUUAAACUUUUCAGUGAAAAUUGCAUUACUUUCUUAUAUUGUACACUAUCUUUAAACUUGUAAAAUACAUAUACAGUAAUCCCACGACUAUUCCGGGUGUU